UGCUAUCUUCGAAUAUGGCGCCUGUUAUCUUACAGUUUCACAUCGGGAUGUAAAAACGCAAAAUUAAAUAGACUGCGGAUCGGGAGUGCUUGCUGUAUUAAGUCAAACGAUUUUUGGAGAUUGCGUGAGUGCGGCGCGCGUGCCCCUUAGCGAUCGUGGUGCACGGUGCCCGCGCACGUUGUUUUGGAGCAGCUGCCGUUACAUGAAAAUGAACCUGGACCGUCUGAGAAAGCGAGUGCGGCAGUACAUAGAGCAGCAACAGUACCAGAGUGCUCUGUUUUGGGCUGACAAAGUUGCUUCAUUAUCACACGAAGACCCUCAGGAUAUUUACUGGCUGGCACAAUGCCUGUACUUGACUGCCCAGUACCAUAGGGCAUCACAUGCUCUGAGGUCGCGCAAACUAGAUAAGGUUUAUGAAUCGUGCCGAUAUCUUGCAGCUAGGUGUCAUUAUGCUGCCAAAGAAUACCAACAGGCACUUGAUAUUCUUGAUAUGGAGGAACCCAUCAAUAAGAGAUUGUUUGAAAAGAGCUCUAAAGAAGAUACCCUCCUGAAGGAGCCUAUUGGAGACUGGCAGAUUUCACUAUCCUCAAUCAAGAGUUCAAUUUGCUUACUGAGAGGGAAAAUCUAUGAUGCCCUAGACAACAGAACCCUUGCUAUGUAUAGUUAUAAAGAAGCCUUGAAGUUAGAUGUUUACUGCUUUGAAGCAUUUGACCUUUUAACAGCACAUCACAUGUUAACUGCACAAGAAGAAAAAGAACUUCUUGAUUCACUACCUCUUAGUAAAAAAUGCCCAGAAGAUCAGGAAUUGCUGCUUUUUCUGUUUGAGAACAAACUUAAAAAGUACAAUAAGCCAAGUGAAACUCUGAUUCCAGAAUCUAUUGAUGGACUUCAGGAUAACCUCGAUGUAAUUGUGUCUUUAGCAGAAAGACAUUACUACAACUGUGACUUCAAAAUGUGCUACAAACUCACUUCUGUAGUAAUGGAGAAAGAUCCAUUUCAUGCAAAUUGUUUACCUGUUCACAUAGGCACUCUAGUAGAACUGAACAAAGCAAAUGAGCUUUUCUAUCUGUCACAUAAAUUAGUGGAUUUGUAUCCAAAUAAUCCAGUGUCUUGGUUUGCAGUUGGAUGUUAUUAUCUCAUGGUUGGGCACAAGAAUGAACAUGCCAGAAGAUAUCUCAGCAAAGCUACCACAUUAGAGAGAAGCUAUGGGCCUGCAUGGAUUGCAUAUGGACAUUCUUUUGCUGUGGAGAGUGAGCAUGAUCAAGCUAUGGCUGCUUAUUUUACAGCUGCACAACUAAUGAAAGGGUGCCAUUUACCAAUGCUGUAUAUUGGAUUAGAAUACGGCUUAACCAACAACUCAAAACUGGCUGAAAGAUUUUUUAGUCAGGCACUUAGUAUUGCCCCAGAGGAUCCAUUUGUUAUGCAUGAAGUAGGGGUGGUGGCAUUUCAGAAUGGAGAUUGGAAAGCAGCUGAAAAAUGGUUCUUGGAUGCUUUAGAAAAAAUCAAAGCCAUUGGAAAUGAGGUGACUGUAGAUAAAUGGGAACCUCUUCUGAACAACUUAGGACAUGUCCUUAGGAAACUCAAAAAGUAUGAGGAUGCCUUGGAAUAUCACCGGCAAGCUCUGGUUUUGAUACCACAAAAUGCCUCAACCUAUUCUGCUAUUGGAUAUAUACACAGCCUAAUGGGGAAUUUUGAGAGUGCAAUUGAUUAUUUCCAUACGGCGCUUGGUCUUAGGAGAGAUGAUACAUUCUCUGUCACUAUGCUUGGGCAUUGCAUAGAGAUGUAUAUUGGUGACUCUGAAGCAUACAUCGGAACUGAAAUUAAGGACAAAUUACGAUGUUAUGAUUUUGAUGUGCACACAAUGAAAACUCUUAAGAACAUUAUUUCACCUCCGUGGGAGGAGAAAGAGUUUGAUUUUGAAAGACAAUCUCUUGACGAAAGUGGUAUUAUUGCCUUGGAGACAUCUCAUAUACCUAAAUCUUCUGAUACCAGAGCACCAGCAGAAGAAACACUUGAAAUUGAGAUGAACGAGAGUGACAUGAUGUUAGAGACUUCAAUGUCUGACCACAGCACCUGAUGCUUGGACGUAGGUUACCUUAAGGAUUCUUAGAUGCUUUCUGGGAAUUAGCCAUUUUAUAUGUGAAACUGAAACGCCACUUCCAAUCUUGCUUGAGUAUUAAACUCCUUGAUUGCCAAUAGCUGUAACACCUUACAUAGCAAAGUGUUACAGUCCAGGCAUUAACAUUAAAUACCUUGUUUAGUUUCAGAAUGUUUGCCAUUUUUACAGUUUCUUUCUGGAAAAAAAUGUAAUUUGUUUCAUCAUUUUUUAAAAAACAUUUUUAGUGUAGUCAAAGACUACCAUUAUAAUUGUAAUAAACUGACCCGAAAUAGAUUACAUGUGAAAACUUUUAGCAUGUGAGGCAAUAUCUUUUAGUAUAUUAAUAUAAACACCAUUUUGUAUUUGAACAAACUGCAGACAACACAGGUGAAAAUGUGAAAUGAAUGUUUUUCCGUAAACCUACUUUAAAUUUUGUUCAUUGUUCAUAAUAAAGAUGCAGAUGGACAAAAAAA